GGAUGUUGGUGAAAAUACUGUUUCGUUGAUUUAUAUUUCGAAUUUAAGUGCGUUAAAAUGGAUGAAACUUUUACCGUAAACUUGGGGUCAGUUAAACAGGAUCUAAUCCUGGGUAUGAUCGAGUGCCAGAAGCGGGGACUAGUGCAGAGUGCCAAAUGGCUGGCGGAAUUAAGUCACGGAUUGAAUGACGUUUCAAUCGAACCCGCAAGUCGGCGAUCCAGCGAUACCCUGAACGCAGGAAUAUCCGACGAGGAGUACGAUGAUUACGUGCUAGCUAAAAGCUAUUUCGACGUGCGUGAGUAUGACCGAUCCGCGUACUUUACCCGGAAUUGCAAUUCGCCGGUUCCCAAAUUUUUGCAUAUCUAUGCCACAUACAUGUCCAAGGAGAAAAAGCGCCUGGACAACAUGAGUGACAAUUCUAUCGUAAACUCAACCAGCCACGUUAAGGACUAUUCGGAGCUGUUAGCUUCACUCCGCACAGAGCACAGCCUCCGGAAGUUAGACGGCUAUUGUCUCUAUCUGUAUGGAGUA